GCCUCGUGCGCUGGGCGGGGGAAUGGGAGCCUCUGGGCCUUGAGGAAGCCGCGGAGGGUCGGGCGGCGGGAGGGGAGGCCUGAGGCUUUGGCCGUUGUCCUCGCGGCAAGUCGCCCUCGUCCUCCCCAAGCGGGACGAGGCCCCCCCCCUUAGUUUAAAAGCCGCAGUCUAGGCUGCCCUUGCAUGGGGUGGGAGCAGUGAUGGCGAUGGAUGGGAAAGCGAUGGCAACACCAUUUAUCUGAGUGGUUGGGCUUCAGCCCAGCGAGCUUCUCGUCUCAGAUAAAGAAUUUAAAAAGCAAAAAACGGUCUCCGUCGUGUGAAAAGCAUGAUUUAAAAAAAAAAAACACCACCUAAAUGCUUGGUGCUACAUUUGCUUAUUUAAUGGUUUAAACCAGGGGUCUUCAACCUUAGUAACUUUAAGGUUUGUGGACUUCAACUCCCAGAGUUCUCAGCCAGCUUUGCUGGCUGAGGAACUCUGGGACUUGAAGUCCACAAGCCUUAAAGUUACUAAGGUUGGAGAGUCCUGGUUUAAAAAACGUGGGAGGCGUCCAGUGGGCAUCAUCACCCACCCCCCUGGGGAAGGAAGUGCCUCGCUUUUUGCCUUGAAUUUAAAUAUCGCCUUUUUGAAUUUUUAAAUGUAUUUUACCCAUACUAGCUGCCUGCUCUGGAUUCCCCACCCCCCUGGGUUCCUUUGCUUUAUUGUGUAAUUUUAUUCCAUUUUUAAUAUUUUAUUUCCCUGAUUUUUUUUUUCCAAUUAGCCCCCUGUUCUGGAUUCUUCUCCAGGAGACUUCAUCCAUCCCAAUUCUGGAUAGCACUUCAACAUACACACACACACACACACACCAGUUCUGAGCAGCUAAUUGGGGCAGCUGCAUUUUCAACGAUAAGUACUACAAGAUUGAUGGUGGUGUUUUUUUUAAAAAAAAAUUCAAAAUGGCAGAAAAGGAUGCCGCUGGCUGUUAGCAUGUGAUUAAAGAAGUACAGUUAAAGCUUGCAAUUCUCCUUAGAUGAAAAAAAAUCAUUGGAGGAAAAAAUAUGAUUGAAGUCAUAAUACUGAAGAUUGAAAAUCCAGAUUGCUUUUGGGUCUACAUAAUAGGAGGCAGAAAAUUUGUAGACAAUGAAACGGAAUAUGAAACACUUCAGACUGAAAUGAAUCAAUUCUAUAACAAACAUUAUCAGUGUGUGGAUGCCAAGCCCUAUGCACUAGAAGAGGGACAGGUUUGUGCUGUUUACUGUGAGGAACUGAAAUCUUGGUGCAGAGCUGUUGUUAAUUCAAUCAUAUCGUAUACGGAUUAUUACAUUGCAGAAUGUUUCCUUGUGGACUAUGCCAAAACUGUUCCUGUGGACACUAAAAAGAUCUGUGUGGUCGUAAAAUCAUUCAUGAGACUGCCUUAUAGAGCUACAAAGUUUAGGUUGUACUGUGUCAAACCAGUUACACUACGUGUCAACUAUUACAACGACAAUGCAGAGAUAGUGCCUGCUAACAAAUGGGAUGUUGCAGCUGUCCAGUACUUCCAGAACCUCCUGAAUGCAGCCACUCAAGUGGAGGCCAAGUUAUAUGCAGUUGAAGAGGAUAAUUUUGCUGUCUAUCUUUAUGUCACAAUAAAUGGUGAAAAGGUCUGUGUGAACGAUGAUCUCGUUGCAAAGAACUUUGCUUACUAUGAACUCGGUAAAGCAAACCGGAAACGAGGUUCAGAAGGUGCCAAAUCUCUUUCCGAGAAGAAUCCUGUAAUGCUGCUGUGGCCAACGUUACUGCGAGAAACUAUGGUUUCUGAGAUGGAUGAGUAUGAGCAAUCGGUCCCUCAAGGAAUAGGUGCUGCUCCUAUUUGUGGUAAUUCUGACAAAGCAGAAUUUACACAUUUCCCAGAAACUAACUUAGAUAAAACAAAACAGCCUGAUAUAGUGGUGCCUGUUUCACCUUUGAAGCAAGGAAUAACUUUUUCUGUACCAACAGAAAUGCAAACAGUCAGCAACUUGCCUAAGACAAGUACCAAAAUCCAGGAAGGAGAGAAUGAUCUGCAGGAGAACAACCUUGGGGUGAAGCUUCUACAGUUUUUAAACCCUGAUCCUCUGAAAAUUGCCACGGGACAAGAAACUGAGGAGCUUAAACUGAAUAUCACUACAUGUCUUCCUGUUGUGCUGAGUAAUAAAAUUGAACCAUGUUCAUCUCUUGAAACCGCACCACUGUUUCCAGCUUUAAAAAAGGAGCUUUUAAGAAAGCAAUUCCAAGGACCUAAUCAUGUACAGUCUUAUUCCUGGCCUGCAAUAGCACGUGGAUACGAUUCGCUUAUUAUCUCUUCUGAAAGUAACCCACUUUCAUAUCUUCUGCCAAUCAUUACAUUUUUGCAGUCAAGAAAUUGCUACAUAUCGUUAUCAGCUAGACAUGGUCCAGUAGCAUUAAUCAUAUGCCCUGGCCGGAAGAAAGCAGAACUGGUAUUUGAGCUCCUGAAAACGUACAGCCAUUGCUCCAGGCCUCUUCACCCAGUGUUGCUUUUCUUGGGAAUGAAUAAGGAAGAAAUCAAGAAUGUAAGAAUUCCAAGAGGAUGUGAAAUCGUGGUAACAACCCCACCUAGCUUUCUGCGGCUGCUUGAGCAUCAUAGUUUACUCUUCCUUCGGUUGUGUCAUCUGGUGUUUGAUGAGGUUGAUGUAUUAUUCUCUGAUACCAAGGAGCAGAUACUUGCUAUUUUACAAUACUACAAAUCUAACUUGAGCGUUGAAGAAAAGGAAUUUGCACCUCAGCAGAUAGUUGCUGUUGGGAACCACUGGGACAAAAACGUAGAAGUUUUAACCAAAGAAUUCAUGAAUGAUCCAUAUAUUGUAAUCACCUCCAUGGAAGAAGCUGCCAUAUAUGGGAAAGUGCAACAGGUUGUCCAGCUCUGCCUUGAGUGUGACCGAAUCUCUACUUUGCUUCAGACAUUAGAUUUUACCCCUACAGAUGCUCAAAAGACUCUGAUUUUUACAAGUUCUGUGGAAGAGAGAGACAUGGUAUACAAGGCAGUAGAAAGCAUUUCACUCUUUUGCUUGAAAAUGAGCCCGGGAAUUGGAUUUCAUUCUGAUUAUAUUGUAGAACAGUGGAACAAAACAAUCAGUCCUGGCACCCAUGUUGUAUUGGUUUUAACAGAUGACUGCACGGCAGCUGUAAAAUUUACAGACGCAACCCGUGUCAUUCAUUUCAGUUUUCCACCAACUCCAAGAGUCUUUGGUGCCCGCCUACACGGCCUGUCUGCCAACUUCCAGAAUUCAGUAGAAAAGAGUCCAUCCCUGGGAAAAGAACAGAACAAAGCCAAAUCCAUCUUGCUGUUGACGGAGAAAAAUGCCUGCCAUGCAGUUGGAGUGUUGCAUUAUUUGAAACGGGCAGAAGCGUUCAUCCCCCCUGACCUGUACAACUUUACCAGGGGAGUGUUGGAAGCCAAAGAGGAAAAGAGAAGCAGGCAGCCGUUGUGUCCUUCCAUUAAGGCCUUUGGAACAUGCAAAAAUAAAAAACGCUGUCCAGAUCGCCAUCGCAUUAACCUUCAAAUUGAUGUGCCCUCAAAAGUAAUUGACGAAGCUCUGCAAACAGGUGGAAUCAUAACAAUACUGCCUCUUUUUAUUGUGGAUGCCACAAACUACUUAGGCCGUGUGGUAGGGAAAUGGGGUAAUCCCUACGCAGCUCUUGAAACAGCGCUAAGGGAUUAUUAUCGGGAAUCUAAUAAUUGUACCCCAGUUGACAAGGUGAAGAAGCUGGCAGUGUAUGGACUGCGGGAAGAAAAUUCUUUCCACAGGGUCCAAGUGCUAGAUGAACAAAAAGAAGACCCCGGGGCGUUUUACAUCGUCCACAUCAAGUACAUAGACGAAGGCAGAACUGGCUAUGUUCAAAAGCAUCACUUGCUUAAUUUACCGGAACAGUUUCAAACGUUACCUCCGCAGGCUGUGGAAUUCAUACUUUGUAGGGUUAAACCCAUUGAUAAUGAAGCAGAAUGGGAUCCAAAAGUAUCUAGAUACAUUAAUGACAAAAUCAGAGGGAAACCACACAAAGCAAAAAUAGCACUUGUCCUGGGAAAUACAAUUUGGGUAGACCCAGUGAUUCGAGUCACUAAACUUCAAGACCUGAAAACUUCAAUCAACGAAUACAAUGUUCGCUCUGAAAUCCUAUCUACUGGAUUGGGAGUAGACAAUCCUGAGCAUAUACAGGAACUUGAGAAAUUAUUUAAUGAGGCUGAAAUACCCCAUGAGAAAAAAGAGAAGCUUACAUUACUACAUCCCCCCAUGGAUGGAAGAAAGGAGAAAGCUGAACCCGUUGAGCAGAACGUCUCCGAUCCUGCAACUCUUAGCUCAGAGGCCUCAGACGAACAGGCCCUGCCUGUUGUACAGAAAUUGCAGCACAGCCAAGAUACCAUCCAUGAUGGCUAUUCUGAAGUACCUUUAGAAAAUCAUUGCAAUGAAAUGGUGCAAAAUAAGAACAACGAAGAUGUUCUGCAGACUUCGCCUAAAUGCUUCCAUCCAGCGAUAAAAUGGUUUGACAAGCAGGAUGCUGUUGUUGUGAAGAUAAAAUUGCAAAACAUUAGUAAUUACGACUGCAAGAUUUUUGAACAGAGGAUCACAUUCAGCGCUUUGGCAAACGGCAAAUUUUAUUUGGCCGACAUGGAGCUGCAGAGGAGCAUCCUCAGAGAGGAAUCAACUUGCGUACUUCAGGGCAAUGAACCCACCAUUCUCCUUGUAAAAGUGAAGAAGGAACCUUGGUGCAACUUGCUAAAAGAGAAAAACCAUCAUGUAUCUUUUGACUUCGAUUACUUGGAUGAUAAUGAGGAAAGAAGCCCCUUCCGUGUAGGAUCAAGUCCUAAGAAAGUGUACGAGAUUCCUACAGGGGUGUGCGAAGAGGAAGAAGAGGAGGAAGGCGAAUCUUCAAAAGAUAGUGAUUCAGAGAGUGAUUUAUCCUCUUGUUAAUUAUAUCUUGGCCUUUAGCCUUUGAUCCCCCUACAAGGUUAAAGUAUAGAUAGUACAAAACCCCUCACAGGUACAUCGGAUACCUUUUUCAUAGUGCUACAGCCUCAGCAUUUUAUUAAAAAUGUUGAAAACAGGACUUCUGUGGGAUGCCACAUUUGCUGCUUAUUGAGAGUUAUAAUUCUAACCAUGCUCGUUGCUAAUGAAUCGGAACAAAUUUGAUUGAAAUUUAAUUCGAUAUACAAGUUGAUAGUUACAUCAAAUUUAACAAUUAGACCAGGACAGGUACAGUAUUGAAAAUUGCUUUUCAGUUGCAAUGAUAUCAAAACACUUCACAAAGCGAGCAUGUUUUUUUUUUAAUCUUGCUUUUUUUAAAAAAAAAAAUACAAUAUAAUCUGAGAUAUUUUUUUGUAAUGCUAUAUGAUGCUGACAGGAUAGGCUGAUCAUUUGUUGUAACUCGGUUCUUAAGGAACUUAAAAUGGGUAAUGUUAAUUCAAUCUAAUUGCUAUGAUGAGAUAAUUCUUUGUGAGAGGUAAAGCAGUAAUAUAACAUUACAAAAUAAUAACUUUUGGUUCUUUUUUCACAAUAUUAAGUUUUGUGUAUUUGUUUCAGAAAACGUUCAAAUACCUGGUUUUGCUUUCAGGUGUAUAGUUUUGUUGUGGUAUUGCCAUAUAUCAGCUGUGUCAACCAAAGCAUCACAUAUUUCUUCCUCAAGCAGAAGAAAAUAAAGCAUGUCACAUAAUUUCUUGAAAUGUUCACAUGGAAAAUCUGAAUACAGAAAACCUGUAAUUAUAUAGUUGCAACUUAUACAGAAUAGUAAACUUUUGCAAAAUGUUAUUGACAUAAAGUCAUAUAAGUAUAUGUUUGUGGGUUAAGGUCAAAAGUUUUCAUUGUAGUCAAUGAAUUCUUCACACUCCCACAUUCAUUAGAAAUGUGUUUCUCAACCCAGGCAAAUUUUAAGAUGUAUGGACUUCAACUCCCAAAAUUCCUCAGCCAGCAAAGUUAUCAAGGUUGAGAAAUUGUGUUAGAAUAUACAAGCCAGUUCUCUGAAAGCCUAUAGUUACUGUACAAUCCAAUUGUUCUAGUUUUAUAGCUGUGCAAAGUUUUAUCAAAGCAACAAAGGAAGCACAAGUCUACAAAGAACCUAAGUUUAUAAUUCUGUAUUCAGAUACCUGAUCUUUCUCUGAAUUAAUAUUGGUUCUGUUAACCGUUAGUUGUCUUUCUGAGAGAGGAAAAAAAAGUGUUCAUUAAAAUCUAAAAUGAAUAAACCUCUGUUUUGUAAAAUCUUUUAUUAUUUGUGGCUUGAAACUACUAUAGAAUCAAAAUAGUCCCAGAGGCUAAUCUUGAAACAGCAACCUUUAGGGACCAGUUCUGAAAAGGCAUCUCGGAUUUUUAUAAAAGUCCCUGAAUAAUUUUCAAAAACUAAUAUUCAAUAACGGUAAAAAGCCUGUGGUCUUCCAACUAUGAUAUGACCCUGGGUUCUCCCAUACUUGGUAUCUCCUAAAAAGAAAAUGAUAACUGUUCCUGCAUGUUUGGAGAAGUGACAUCCUUACAGAUUUUCAAAAUUGCAGUAAUUAAUCUCACCAGUCUUUUUUAAAAUGCUACAAACUCCUUUGUUAUCUUCCAAUUGUACCUUGGUAAUUAGAUUUGGGGGUGCGGUGCGGUUGUCUUAAACAUCCAACAGUUGAAUGGUCCAGAAGAUAACACUCUACAUCAACCUCAUAGUUAAAGCUCGACAAGAAUGAAAACACAGACUUGGGUGUCAGAGGAGGAAAAGUGUAGACAAUCCCUCUCUAGGCUGUGAGGGUUAGACCUCCUGGCAGGCCAAUAAACCCCUAUUAUCCCAUCCACUGAUUUUGCCAAAAUGCUUUAAGUACAGAGAAAGCAUAGCACUGUCUCCAGCUCUCUUGAAGCCAAGAAUAGACUUGUUAACUUCCCCGGGUUUUAGAGGUAAGCAGUCCAUCUCCAACCUUCUUGAACCUCCUUGCCAUCUGAUGCAGGAGUUGGCCUCUUCUGUUGUGAUGGUUAACGGGUAGCUCCGAGGCAUUGCCCUACCAGAUCGCCCAAAAGGUAAUUCUCAGUUGUUAAAUGCUUUUCAUUUUGAAUCUAGUAAUGGAAACUCCCUGUUUCCUUUCUUGAUUUUUCCACCCUUGAUUAUAAAUCUUUAAAUCGUAACUGAUGCAAAAAAUGGACUCCCUUCCUCGGUAAGACAGGUUAAAUAUGUAAAAAAAAAUCCUUGUAAGAUCUUUGCUGUCUCAUACAUAUUGUGAGAUCUUUUGCUAUCUCGUGCAUAUUCCGUAAACAACCAGCACUAGAUUUUGCUUGGCAAGAUUGAGCUAGUUUGAGGAUUCUGUU